AUGGGUAUUCAGGGUCUGCUCCCGCAGCUAAAACCUAUUCAGCAACCAGUCACUCUGGCUAGAUAUGAGGGCCAGACCUUGGCCAUUGAUGGGUAUGCAUGGCUCCACAGAGCAGCCCAUGCGUGUGCUGAAGAUUUAGCUUUGGGUUUGCCUUCAACGAAAUAUCUUGAGUACUUUGUAAAACGGCUGCAGAUGCUACGAAGUCGGUUUCAUAUCCAUCCGUAUGUGGUCUUCGAUGGCGACGCGUUGAUGGUGAAAAAAGACACGGAGAUCAAAAGGCGACAGAAGCGAGAGGAGAACAGGACAAAGGCAUUGGCGCUUUGGAAAUCGGGUGAUAAAAGACAAGCGUUCGAGUACUUCCAAAAGUGCGUCGACGUGACACCAGAAAUGGCCAAAUGCAUCAUAGACUAUUGCAAAACGCAAGAAAUCCAAUACGUUGUAGCGCCCUUCGAGGCUGACGCACAAAUGGUCUAUCUAGAAAAAGAAGGUUUAGCGCAUGGGAUUAUAUCAGAAGAUUCGGAUCUUGUGAUAUUCGGAUGUCGGAAGCUGAUCACCAAGCUCAAUGACCAUGGAGAAGCCGUGGAAAUUUGUCGCGAUGAUUUUUCUCAUUUACCAGCCAAAUUCCCACUUUGUCAGCUAGACUCAGAGCAAAUCCGGGCUAUGGUCUGUCUGUCCGGAUGUGAUUACACCUCGGGAGUUCCAAAAGUAGGGCUUUUAACUGCCAUCAAGUUGGUGAAGAAGUACAAGACUAUGGACAAGAUAAUUUUGAACAUUCAGCGGGAAGGCAAAUUUGUCGUACCUAAAGAGUUUUUGGAUGAAUUUCAAUGGGCGACGUACGCGUUCCAGUACCAAAGAGUAUUUUGUCCCCAGCAAAAAAUCAUCACAACUCUCAACAAGGUUCCCUCGGAAUUGGAAACGUCAGAGGAUCUGUUCAAUUGCGUGGGGAAAGUCAUUCACUGUCAGGAUCGCGUGAAAAGAACUGUCGUUAAUCCAGCUGACAUUGACCACGUUUUGCACGGGAAAAUUGCAAUGGGAGAUCUAUGUCCCUAUGACUUCGAAAAGGUUCUGGUCAAUCGUGAGCGGAAGCUGCAGUUGACUGCCAAGUCUAUGCCCGAGAUCUCGACUACGGCAACUAGCGGUGUAAGAUCAAUCGACUCAUUUUUCCAUAAAUCUGCCUUGGUCACUGUAUCGGCGGUGCCAGAUGGGGCCGACACAAAAACUCGACUUUUCCAAAGACAACAGGAACAAAAGCUCGAGCAAAGCGAGAGAAAAUUACAGUCUACAGUUGAACGUCGCAAGCUAUCUCGUUACGAUAUGCCGACUCGUGGUACUUCUGGUAGUAAGUUUUUUGAGCAAGCCAAUCAAAUUGCGGAGCAUCCGCGACCUACUGUGGCGCCCGAUUUACCUACCACGUCUCGACUUGUCGAAUCGACUGAGGUGAAGGUAGAGCAGAAGUCGAAGUUUAACCAUAUUAAUCUGGCUACCAGGAGCCUUACAUCCUCAUCGUCAAAUAGUGAUCCCGACACUUCGCAGGAAGAUGUGCUUACCGAAAUUCCGAGUUCUAUGGCAUCUACAGAGAUACCGAGCUCUAUGGUUCCCGCCCAGACCGAUCAGGAUUCUACACCAUUUAGUGAGGAGGAGUCUGAGAUUUUAAGUGAAGUGGACGAGACUUCCAGACCAAUAGAACCCUCGGCACGCGCCAACAAAAGACACUGUGCAUCCUUGGCUGACUUGCGUGAAAACUUCAGCUACCAAAGGGCGCCAUUGAAGCCAAGAGAUCCGAAUGUAAACUCGUCAGCUGGUGUGGGUAAAGCUGAAAUUCUGGAGAAACAGCGGCCCGUCCUGGAAAAACAGCGGCCCGGGUUGAGCAGAUCAAAACACUACAUGUCGUCGCCGUCCUCGACUGAAGUACAACGUCAAGCAAGAAGAACUGUAAGUUUAUCCGAUUUCAUUUAUCGCGGGCAGUGA